AUGUUCUCGGCAAUUUAUGCGAGUCCAGAUUCAACAACUAGACAUGAGCUUUGGAGACAAUUGGAAAAUAUUGGUCUAGCUUACAAUGGACCGUGGAUGUUAGCGGGUGAUUUCAAUGAUACAAUGAGCAUGGCGGAGAGACUGGGCAAAGGUGGUUCAGAGAUGGAAAGAAGGUGCAAAGAGUUCUCAGAUUGGGUUAAUAACAAUCAGCUUAUUGACCUCGGUUGUUCAGGCCCUGAAUUUACUUGGUGUCGGGGCCUAUCUCAAGCAAUUUUUAAAGCUUCUCGCUUAGACAGAGCUUUGGUGAAUGAUGAGUGGAGACUUCGCUACCCGGAAGGAGCUGUUCCCCUUAAACCUUUUAGGUUUCAAGCUGCGUGGAUCAAACAAGAGAAAUUCGAGGAAUUUGUGUCUGCCUCUUGGGAUAACACUGCUCCUCUUUUUCCCUUUUUGAAGGAAUUUGCUCAAAAAUUGAACCAUUGGAAUAAGGUACACUUUUAUAACAUCUUUAGGAAGAAAUAUGAGCUUUGGGCCAGAUUAGAGGGUAUCCAAAAAGCCUUGAAAGCGGGUGCUCCAAUGCAUAUUCUGAAGUUAGAAGAAAAAUUGAAGAAGGAGAUGCUGGAUAUUCUUGAACAAGAGGAGAUUUUUUGGUUCCAAAAAUCGCGUGAUGCUGAAGCGAUUUGUGAUGGAGAUCGUAAUACCAGAUUUUUUCACUUGUCUACGAUCAUUCGAAGACGAAGGAACAGGAUCGAAACUCUCAAAGAUUCAAAUGAUGAAUGGGUAACAGAUCCAACCCAAGUAAAAACUUGGUGGUGGAUUACUGGCAAAAUCUCUUUUCAGAAGACAAUAAUAGCCCAGCCCAUAUUCAGUUGCUCAAGGACUAUUUUACUCAAAUGGGCCAAGACGACUGGGAGCUGA